AUGAAGAGAACCAAGAUCGCUGUCGUGGUUCACAAGUUGGCUGUGGCCCGAAUGUGGACAGACAUAGGCAUUCUCGGGUGUGAUGCUGCUGGGGUUUUGGGACUUCUUUUGGAGCAAAAGCUUGCAGUUGUUAUACGAAUGUUGGCGUAUGGUUCAUCUACUGAUCAGGUGGAUGAGAUUGCCUGGAUGGGGAAGUCCACUACGUUAGAGGCCUUGGUAAGAUUUUGUGAUGCAGUCAAAACUCUGUACACUAGGGAUUACCUACACAGACCUAUUCUCAGGGACCUCCAAUGGCUUCUACAAAAAGCCGAAGCUUGA